AGAAGCCAAUUCACAUUGUGCUGCAAGUGUUUGUUUAGAGAGGGAAUGUUCUGUAAAACCUGGCCCAGGUUAUAGAUUUACAGAAACUUAACCUUGUGCUGUGAGACAACUAUGACAUGGCUCUCAAGUAAUUUAUUAAAUGUGUACUGUAUAUGAGUCAUAUCAACAUCGAAAGCCGUACAAAGGAAAUAAAAUGCAAUGUGGGAUUACAAAGUGAAGAAGCUGUACAAUGCUGAGAAUCAGGAUGAAUGCAUCAAUGGAUCUAUGUUAAUGAGUAAAAAUGCAUUUUGAAAUUUCUGGGAUGGAUUGUAGGGAUACAGAUCUAUACGAGGAUUAUAAAUCUCCAUUUGACUUCAAUACUGGUGUUAACCGGAGUUAUCUCUACCUGUCACCUAGUGUAAACAUUUCUCCACCUGGAUCACCUGUACAGAACAAUUUUGGUUUGCUGAGCUCAGACACAGUACCUGAGGUAGGAGAGGAUGCUGCUGCUACUGUGAAUACAACAGAAAAUCUUUCUGAAGAAGAACAGGAAGAACUAAGAAAAGAACUUGCUAAGGUAGAAGAGGAAAUCCAGACGCUCUCCCAGGUGCUAGCGGCCAAGGAGAAGCAUCUAGCAGAAAUCAAGAGAAAACUGGGAAUCAAUUCAUUGCAGGAACUGAGGCAAAACCUUACCAAAGGCUGGCAAGAUGUGACUUCCACUUCAGCAUAUAAGAAGACUUCCGAAACCCUGUCUCAGGCUGGGCAGAAGGCUUCUGCUGCUUUUUCAUCAGUUGGCUCAGUUAUAACAAAGAAGUUGGAAGAUGUGAACAUACGCUCUAUACAACAUUCAAUUAGCAUGCCUGUUAUGAGAAAUUCUCCUACUUUCAAAUCAUUUGAAGAAAAGGUUGAAAACUUAAAGUCUAAAGUCGGAGGAGCUAAGCCUGCUGGGGGUGACUUUGAAGAAGUUUUAAACUCAGCUGCCAAUGCCAGUGCCACAGAAACUAUUUCAGAACAGAUUCAGGAGGAGACCCAGUGAGAUUCCCAUCUGUCCUGCUACCCACUGUCAGAUGCUGCAAGCAAAAACUAAGCACAUUUAUAAAUGUUCUUCACUGUCGGUUUCCACCAGAUGUGCUUUUAUUUAUCACUUAGCUUUAUAUCAAUUUGAUAAAAUAGUUUGUUUGUGUUUAAAGUAUUUUUGAGGGGGAAAAAAAAUAGAUCAUAUCAGCCAGGCUUUUUUUGGGGACGGGACACUUUUAUGCUUAAGUACUGAAAGGAUAUAUCCCUGAUUUUAAAAGCAAUCUCAAAUGUUGCUUUAAAAAACUUUAGACAAACCUACUGAUGCUAUACAUAUACUAUGUGAAUUUAUAACUUCCUUUGGAUACUGUGAUUGAUUAUUAGCAAUUGUCACUCAUUCUACAUGUACUGCCAAACUGAAGGUUUACUUUGCUCCUUUGGCUUCAGUGCAACAUUUCCCUAAAUUGGACAUCACACUUGGAAGAUUACUCCAAGCCACAGGAAAAGGAUUUCUGCUUCAACAUUACAAAUAAGUUAUAGUAGGUUUCUGCAACUGUACAGUAAUCUACUGUAGUCAAAACAUGUUGAAUCCUAAACUGUAUUUGUUGCAUGUAAGCAAAGGUCAUAAUCUUAACCAGCACUCAGACUUCACUGUGGGUCCUAUGAUUAGACUUAAUAUCCUAAGAGUUUCUGAAUACUCCAAAUAAUGUGAGAUACCUAAUGCUGCUGGUCUAGUAUUUGAGCCAGUAUGUUUACCAUAGUACACUAUAUUGUGAGUUCUUCACUUCAUAUUUUUAACUCCUGAAUUAUUCAGCUGUGGAAAAAUGGUGAUCACUGUAAUAGUUUCCAAUGGUGGUGAUUCUAAAACUUAUGUUAUGAUAUUAAUACUGAAUCUUGCAAUGGAGUAGAAAUGAAAUGUGAAUGCACUAAUAACUUUGAAUGUAGAAAUAUUGCUUUAAGAACCUGAUCUUGGGUGGCUGCAAAAAUAUUUCUAACAAGCCAUUACUGAUCAGUUACGGGAAUCAGGUUUUUUUUAAACCUUCACCAUGCUGUAGUAAACUUGCCUGCAAAUCCCAUGCAAGAGUCACUGCUCUAGAAUGCAGACCUUUCUGAUUAAAAUGUGUACUCAAGACUCUUGUUUUACUCAAAAGAAAAAAAAAAAAGAAGCUAUACUGUUUGCACCACUGAAGACUCCAUUUCUGCUUAAUCGCUGAGAUCCAUUCUUUAAACUUCACCAAUUACGUAGCUUACAGACCUUAUAAGAGGACUAUGUUGCUUUACAUGUUGACUGUAUCCACUUAUGUACUUUGGAAGUUGCUUGUUUUAUGUACAGGUCUGGCACAUGUGGUAGGUUAUCAAAUUGUUAACAUAUGCCAAAUGUCUUAUCACUGAGCUUGGAAUGAACUGGAAGCAAUUAAAAAAAAUAACUUCAAAAA